AUUGAGUGUGGUGAUCAGAUACAAGACAUCUGUACUAUGGAGUAUGUGCCACACUGUGGUUCUGAUGGGCAAACCUAUGCCAACCGGUGUUUGUUCUGCAAUGCCGUUGUAAAGAGUCGUGGAGCACUUAAACUAAAAUACCGUGGACAAUGUUGAGGAAAUCAAGAAGGCAGAUCUCUACUAAAAAAAUCAACUACCAUGGGUCUCUUGUUCAUCCCAUCAUCUUGAUGAAUGCCAUAAUAAAUCAGUUAACAGAAUGAAAGAGAAACUAUUUCACAUUUGUUGAUCUUUAAAUGGCUAGUGCAACCGUUGGAUGGAAGGAUGACUCUCUUUCAGAACAUCCUGAAAUUUACAAAAUUUAC